AUGGGUCAAGGUGUAUCACAGCCACUCGAGGAGAUGGUCAGGGACUCCAACUUCACGGCGGAGGAGAUCCAAAGACUGUACAAGCGGUUCAUGAAGCUGGACAAGGACGGGUCAGGCUCCAUCGACAAGGAAGAGUUUUUGGCCAUCCCUCAGAUUGCGACCAACCCCUUGGCAUCGCGACUGAUUGCAAUCAUGGACGAGGACGGUGGAGGAGAUGUGGAUUUCAAGGAGUUCAUUGCCGGAUUGUCGGCGUUCAGCAAUAAGGGCAACAAAGUAGAAAAGCUCCGCUUUGCGUUCAAGGUAUACGAUAUGGACAGGGACGGGUUCAUCUCGAACGGCGAGCUGUUCCUGGUGCUGAAGAUGAUGGUGGGCUCAAACUUGAAGGAUAACCAGCUCCAGCAGAUUGUCGACAAGACCAUUAUGGAGGCUGACAGGGACAUGGACGGCCGUAUCUCGUUCGAGGAGUUCUGUGGCGCGGUUGAGAACACCGAUAUCGCCAAGCAGAUGACCCUUGAGAGCUUUUAA